UUCAAUCUUUCAGUCGCCUACGGAUUUGCGGGCGUUUCGUCGCCGAAUUUCAAUGUUUUGCUCAAAUAAAGCGUUAUUAUUCUGUUCAAAAGCAACGUAAAAAAGUUUCUCGUCAAUUGCGUAACAGUUAAAUGUGAAAAUGAGCUUUUUCGGAUUCGGACAGACCGCGGAUAUCGAAAUUGUGUUCGACGAUGCUGACAAACGGAAGGUUGCCGAAGUGAAGACGGACGAAGGUAAAAAAGAGAAGUUAUUGCUAUAUUACGACGGUGAGACUGUGUCGGGGAGGGUCAAUGUGACGCUGCGGAAGCCAGGAUCAAAGUUAGAACACCAAGGAAUUAAAGUAGAGUUGAUCGGACAAAUAGAGUUGUUUUAUGACAGAGGUAAUCACCACGAAUUCAUAUCUUUAGUGAAAGAAUUGGCGCGACCUGGUGACUUGCUUCAGCACACGUCUUACCCAUUCGAGUUCGCGAAUGUCGAGAAGCCUUACGAGGUAUACUCGGGAGCGAACGUCAGACUGAGGUAUUUCUUACGUGCAACGAUAGUCCGCCGACUUACAGACGUCAUCAAAGAGGUAGACAUAGCUGUUCACACACUAUGUAGCUACCCAGAUGUCUUAAACUCCAUAAAAAUGGAAGUUGGCAUUGAAGAUUGUCUGCACAUUGAGUUUGAGUACAAUAAAUCAAAGUACCACUUGAAGGAUGUCAUAGUAGGUAAAAUAUACUUCCUCCUUGUCCGCAUUAAGAUUAAGCACAUGGAAAUAUCAAUAAUAAAAAGAGAAACCACUGGUUCUAGUCCCAAUACGUUCACAGAAAAUGAAACUGUGGCCAAGUAUGAGAUAAUGGAUGGUGCACCAGUAAAAGGUGAGAGUAUUCCAAUAAGAGUGUUCUUAGCUGGCUAUGAUCUAACACCAACAAUGAGGGACAUUAAUAAUAAAUUUUCAGUAAGGUAUUACCUCAAUUUAGUCCUUAUGGAUACAGAGGACAGGCGCUACUUUAAACAGCAAGAGGUUAUUUUGUGGAGGAAGAGUGAUAAGAAUCGGUUGGCUUUACACAAUCCUCACCAUCCACAAAAUCUCACAUCAGGAAUCCCUCAAAGACAAUUAAGUGCAUCUAGCGAAGAAAACUCAACAAGGGGCUUGUCACCCACAAAACCGGAAAGUGCACUUCAGAGAUCUAUAUCCCCUGCAAUGCCCAAAAUAGAAGCAUAUAAUGGACCCUCUGAAAUGGAGCAAGAAGAACCUGACAUCCUACCUCCUAAACUAGCCAAUACACACAUUCAACACAAUGAACCGGAAAAACCAGACAUUGCGAAUGAUAAGCCAGUUGAACGACCAAAGGUUGCAGAGAAACCACUAGAUAAACCCCAGCUUGAAGAACCUGUUCUCGAAAUUGUGCCAGAAAAACCCCAGGUUUCCGAAAAACCACCUGUUGCAGUUAAACCUGCUGUAGAAAAACCGAUUAAGGAAAAAAUUGCAGUUGCCGAAAAACCAUUACUAGCAGAAAAACCACAAGCUGCAGAGAAGCCUUUUAUUGCCGAAAAGCCUGUGUUAUCGCGACCUGAAAGUGUGGAAGCCACCCCAAGUCAAUAGCCUAUAAUCAUAUGUGCGGUGACCAUGGCGGUUACCGACGAAAUGAACUGUGUGUUUUCAUACAUGAAAACUGUUGUUUAGAGAGAAAGUUUAACAAAACGGUACAUUUUUGCAGUUUGCUUAAAGUUAUUUUAAAAUGCAAAUUGAAUUAAUGAACCCAAAUCAACUAUAAAAUAGAGGGUAAGUAUUUAGUACAGUUUGUUAUAGAUGAAAUAUAGUAUAACCCUCAUCACCAAACUGUGAUUGAUAAGUUAAGAGCCCACGGUGCCUUUAAUGUAAUAUAUUGCAUAGUAAAUGUCAACCUUAGCUUACAGCUUAGUUGGGAGCUUGUUGAGUUGUGUAAGCAAUGUUAAUACAAGUUGGUAACUGAACCCCAAAUCUGCAAAAUGCAAUUGUGUUGUAGUGGAAUAUCAAUGACGAACAGUAACUAAACUUUCCAUUAUAAUUCAAACAUGAUAGCCAACAAAUAGUGGAAGAAUUUAAUUUGCAAUAAUUAUUGCAUACUUUGUUUGGCUUGCGAGCCUAGUAAAUACAACUUUACUUGGCCCACAAGGCAUGCAUAAAAUCUCUUGGUUUUUUCAAUACAAUUUUUUCUCAAUGAUUGACCACUGAGACACAAACAGUAAAAGCAGGUCCUGGGCUAGGACUUACUUCAUUCCUUUCUAUAAUAGGACAGGACCCAUUUAUUAUUCACUAAACAAAAGAACGAAAAAAAAGAAAAACAAACGCAACACAGUUUAAUAUAGCAACCAUCGUGAUCAUUUCCAAGCAACAAAUGGCGUAAAAGACAAAACAACAGAUGCAAAUAUCCUAACUACUAAAGUAACAAGUAAGGCUGAUUGUCUGUCUGUCAAAAUGAACUUGGUCAUGCUGUGUGCAGGCAGGGCAAUGACGGAUGGCUUUAUCUACAUCACUCUCCCUUUGCUGUGGUAGUUAGUUUGUUGUGUUGUUGGGAGUUUACGUUAUCGUUUGAAAUGUUGGAACUAUGCUAAACAUAUAUUGUCUCUUAGCUAACAAGUGAAAUGACUUCUACUCUCUUGUCAUGUUAUGUAAAAAAACAAAUGGUAGAAAACAAAAUCUAUUAAUAUUUCUAAAAAAAACUUAACACUAUUGAAGAUUUAUCAUGCAAGUUUUGUAUGAAAUCAUAAUUGCAGCUUGUUUUAUUUCCUAAAAAUGCAAAUUUGACUUGUACAGUAAGCUGAGUGAUAAAAUGCAACAGCCGGAGACAAAGCGGCUAAACAAUAAUCACAAGGUAUAAAGGUUUUCAAAUUACAUCAAAGUUUGGUGAUAGUGGAAAGGAUCAAAUAUAAUGUCAAUGUGAAGAAUUACUGUAUUUAGUAUAGUUUUUUACAAAACCCAUGUACCAAUAUUAUAUUAUAACAACUGCAUUAUAUUAUAUUAUAGAUUUAAAACCAUUGCACACUGGCGAGGCAGGGCUUUUUUUUAUAAAGUUCAAGCAAGUUCGACAGACUAUAUUCUUUUUGAGAAAUAAAUGCCUUUGAACUAAAAGAUUAAAUGCUCUGCCUCUUCUCUGUGUGGGCUGGACAUUAUUGGGGAACUUGAAAAUUAUGGCAACAUUAAUAAUGAAAUUUAUUUUAGGUAUUUUUUAUUUAACCAUUUAUUUUAUUAUUAACUUUCUUAAGAUACCUUUAUUUGCAAUGAAUUUCAUUUUAUAACUUAUAUUAACUACAAAACUAAAUUACACAAAAAACAUUAACUCUUAUAUUUCCGUGACUUUGUUUCCAAUUUAUCACAGUAUAUAACAGAGAUAUUAUCUGUACUCCUAGUACAAAUUUUGAAAACAAUGACAGUAUUUUAAGAGCUUCAUUCUUAUUAUUAAAUUAUUACACUUUAUUUUUAUGUUACUUUGACUUGACAAUAUAAACUAUUAUACUUAUCAAAGCCCUGUGCUUUACUUAUUGCUAUUUAUUAAGAAGGACAAACAUUUAUUUCUUUAUUCAUCAAAGGUUUAUUUUUACACCUAUUUGAUUGAGUAACAUUUUGUCCAAUGUCUUUAAACACAUAGGAAAAUCAUGCUAAUAAAUGAACAUUAGACAUUUAGUUAGAUGAUAGAAAAUGUCUUGAAGCCUGAUAAAAUAUUAUAGUGCCAUUAAUUUUAAUAUGAUUUAUGUAUAAACAGAAACCAGUUGUAUGCUAAAAUGUUUGACCUGAUAUCAUUGCCACACCCACAUAAAGUAUGAUAAAGUUACACUAUAGUACAUACAUAUCAACAGCUUUUGAUAUUUUUUAAACAUUCACUAUUGUGAAUUCUGUUGUAUGUAAAACUAAACUAAACUAAAUUUACAUAGCUAAAAAUAAUACUGUCUUUUUUUUUAUGAGAACCACUAUGAAAAUGACAGCAUUAUAUUUAGAUUUUGAACAACAGAAUCCGCACUAUUAUAAUAUAUAAGUUAUUAUAUAGUAUGUCUGCACUAUUAAAUGGUAGCUAAACAUGUUAACAAAUUUAACUUUGUACUAUCAGGGUUUUCUUCUUUUUAUGAAGUGGCUCACUAUAAAAUGACAGAUUUAGGCUGACUUCUCACCAUAGAUGUUUCUCUGGGCUCACAUACUUAACUCCCAUUCAUAGUUCUCAUCUCUCUAUUUCAAAAACAAGGCUUCUUUGAAAACAUUUCCACCUAAGCUAAGCUAUGAAUAAUAAAUAAAUUUAAAAAAUGUUCAAUA